CAUGCUCCUGCCAAAAUAUCCUUCAUAAUGAGUGAAUGCAAAAUGUUUCAUCAGUGAUCCCAUAGUUACGGUCACUUCAGACUGCAUUGUAUGAUUAUUAAGGCAUUUAUUCUUCACCAGAAACAUAAUCAAUACAUUAUCAUGUGUUUAGUUGCCUCUAAAGUAAAGACAAAUGUUCUUGUUGCUGUUUCUAUGGUAAAAUUGGAGAUUUGGGGUAACACAUGUACAGGACUCUGCAAAUGAGUUUGUGGCUCAUAAAUGGCUUUUUAUGGCAUGGAUAUGGUAUUCAUGGCUCAAGGAAAUGGAAUCAUACAAUCAUGCUUACAAAUACAUAAAAUGAAUGCUCAAAAAAAAAAAAAAAAAGUAGAUGUUAUCACUAGAAUCAACCUAAUGACAUGACUUUUCUGAAAGAUCCUAUUGGCCCCACCAAAGGAAAGAAAACUUGCCAUUCAUUACAAUAAAGGUUACAAUUGUCCCUCCAAACACACAUUGUCACUUGCCAGCUGGUUGCACUUGAGUCUUCCUCAUUCAAUGGACAAAGCAUUGCUCAAGUUUGGUGGCUUAAUCACUGCCUUGGAACCUCAUCUCGGCUCUUGGUGGUAGAGAUAUCCCACAGAAAAGAAGAACUGCUGUAAUUUGUCACCUUGGACAAUACCUGCUGAGAUGCAGCAUGGUGAACACCCUAUGGAAAUAAGUGCCUAAUUCUCUUGUCUCUUCCACACAACAUUCACCAGCUAGUGAGAGUGUCAGAAACACAAAUUGAAACAAAAGUGGCAAAAUAGUACAAGUCUUCAACAAAAAUCCAGUUGUGCUCAGGCUGGGAGUUGUGACUUGUUGAUACCCAAAGUCUUGAAGUCAAUUAAAAAAAAUUAAUUAUAACAAUUAUGUAUAUAGAAAACAGUGCUCUGCCUGAUGAUAGGAAAUCCUGAAUAAGAUAUGUAAUGUCAUAUGAUUUUUUCAUAAUAUUCAUGUAAUUUGAGGUUUUUAAUAGAAUAUUCUGUAGUAUGAGGGCAAAGCUGUAUUCAUUGAAGAAGUCAUCAUUUUUCUUUAAACUUCUGGCCUUUGCAUUUGUAACAUUUCUUUACUGUGAAUUUCUGCAUUACUAUACUACAAUUUUCUUUUGCACAUGGCCAGAUUCUUCAAAUGCAGCAGUCCAAGGAGAGGUUGUAAGGACCAUGGUGGUGGCUGACACACAUCUACUUGGGUCGAGAAAUGGUCACUGGUUUGAUAAACUACGUAGGGAAUGGCAAAUGCAUCGAGCUUUUCAGACAGCAGUAUUUCUACACAGCCCUGAUCUUGUCAUAUUUUUGGGAGAUCUGUUUGACGAGGGCAAAUGGUGCAGCACUGAAGAGUUCAGUGAGUAUGUCAAGAGAUUUUCCACUAUUUUUGCUCUGCCUAACGCCACUCAGCUGAUAGUGGUUGCUGGUAAUCAUGACAUUGGCUUCCACUACAGCAUCAAUCCAGCUCUGGCAGGACGUUUUGAAGUCGCGUUCAGAACGGCCAGCGUGAGCGCCGUGUCGGUGCGCGGUGUUCUGUUCGUGGGCGUCAACAGCAUGGCGAUGCACGGCGACGAUUGUUUCCUCUGUGCUGACGCUACCAAAAAACUCAAGCAGCUGCAUAAAGAGCUGCAGUGCCGGCAAGGAGCUGGUCCAUGCGAUGCUGAAGCCGAGAAAUUCCUGCCUGCUGAUGAUGGACACGCUUUUUCGCGGCCAGUGUUGCUCCAGCACUACCCCUUAUACCGCGAGAGCGAUAAGCACUGCGAUGGCUACGACGCCGCUCCUCCCGGAAGCCGCGAUUUGCUUUUCAGGGAGCGAUGGGAGUGUCUUUCUCAACAGGCUUCACAGCAGUUGCUGUCGCUGCUGCAGCCCCAAUUGGUGCUGAGCGGCCACACACACCACGGCUGCACGACGCUUCACAUGCACCCGCCUAGAGUCAUUGACGCUAACCAGGUAUUGGCUCCAGACAAUAGCUUCUCUGAGGACGGCGAUGCGCUCCCUGAAGAUGCCGAGUACGCAGCUGCAGAGCGUGACUACGUCGACCGGCAACAAGCAGCCGCCGCUGCCCUGCGCGGUGAGGUCGACGAGCCGUUGAUCAUCCCCGAGUAUUCGGUGCCAUCAUUCAGCUGGCGUAAUAAGAAGAACCCCACCUUCGCAAUGGUUAGCAUAACAGCGGACAGCCAUGGUGUGUACCGAUGCGAGAUGCCGCGCGAGCAGACCGUUGUGCUGCUGUACUGUGCUUCAUUUUGCUUAUUUCUCUUGUCAUUUGUUAGGCGUAAGUUAUGGUGGCUCGCUCCUGUGUACAAUGUAAUAAUGCGUAGAGCAGAGAGAUAGUUCCGUUAAUUUGCCCAACGGGCACAAGGGCAAUUCCUCGUAAAUAUUGCCACCACAAAGCCCAAGUUGAAUUUAUGCUGUAUGCUAUAAGAAGCAUGAAGGAAUGAAGUGAAUUUCUGAUACCAAAUAAAGUUGCCAUCAAA